AUGGAUGACAGAGGCGCAUUGUCCUGGUUCCUGGGAAUGCAGGUCAAGCAGUCACCUGGAACGGUAACAGUAAAUCAAUCUCGUUACAUCGAAGACUGCUUGGACCGUUUUGGCCUUGCUGAACGCAAACCAGUUGGCACACCAGCUGACAUCAGCGCACAACUGUCGAAGAAGUGCUGCUCUGAAGCUGGGUCAGCAGAGGCAGUAUCAAUGAAGGCUGAGGACUACAGAGGCGUUGUGGGCUCGUUAUUGUACAUAGCUGAGCAAACAAGGCCUGAUGUUCUAGCUACUGUUACGCAAAUCUCUCGUUUUCUGGAGAAUCCGGUAACGGUGCACUGGGUGGCUGCAAAGAGGGUUCUUCGUUACCUGAAGGGGAGUAAAGGCCUUGAGCUGUGCUACACUAAGGAAGCUGGUGGUCUAAAACUCUAUGGAUCCGCAGAUGCUGACAUGGCUGGAGAUUUGGAUGAUAGAAGGUCAACUACUGGCUACAGCUUUCAUUUGCAGAAUUUAGGGGCAGCAAUUAGUUGGAGCACCAAGAAGCAGCCAACUGCAGUCAUAUCUACCAGUGAGGCUGAGUACCAAGAGGCUCUAUAUCUGCGAUCACUUCUCGUUAAGAUGGGCGUAGUUAUUGACUGA